AUGAUGGUGGCCCAUCAUUGCUCAUGGCUCUGCCGCCCGCCCCUCGCCGUGAGGAGGAAGCGGAGGAGGAGGCGGCUCGGGGAGCUGGAGCCGCGAGCUGGAGCGCGGAGCGUGAGUGAGGGAGCAGAGCCGCCUACCUGCCCGCCGCCGCCUCCCCUCAGUAAGCGGGAGCCCGGCACGCAGCCUCAGCCCCUCCCUCGUCGUCAGGCCGCGAGGGCAGCGCGCGCGAGCCAGGGGGAGGGAAAGCAAGCGAGCGAGCGCGGGGAGGAGGCGACCGGACGGAGCCGGCGCCCGCGCGUGUGGCGUGUGGGGAAGCCGCGGCCCUCCCCCUUCGCCUUCCCUUCUCUCCCCUCCUCGCUCCCCCCGCCCCCUCGACCGCGGAGCAGCACCGUGUCGGCGCUCGCGGCCAAAGUCAGUAAAAAGGUGCUCAACUCCAACCACGACGGGGCCAAGGAGACCUCAGAAAAAGAACAACAAGAAGCAAUUGAACAUAUUAAUGAAGUACAAAAUGAAAUAGACAGACUUAGCGAACAAGCCAGUGAGGAGAUUUUGAAAGUAGAACAGAAAUAUAACAAACUCCGCCAACCAGUUUUUCAGAAGAGGUCGGAAUUGAUCGCCAAUAUCCCAAAUUUGGGGGGAGCAACGUUUGCUAACCAUCCACAAGUAUCUGCACUGCUUGGGGAGGCGCUGCGUUAUUUGACAAGAGUCGAAGUGACAGAAUUUGAAGAUAUUAAAUCAGGUAACAGAAUAGAUUUUUAUUUUGACGAAAACCCUUACUUUGAAAAUAAAGUUCUCUCCAAAGAAUUUCAUCUGAAUGAGAGUGGUGAUCCAUCUUUAAAGUCCACUGGAAUCAAAUGAAAAUCCGGAAAGGAUUUGACAAAACGUUCAAGUCAAACGCAGAAUAAAGCCAGCAGGAAGAGACAGCAUGAGGACCCAGAAAGCUUCUUCACCUGGUUUACUGAUCAUUCUGAUGCAGGUGCAGAUGAGUUAGGAGAGGUCAUCAAAGAUGAUAUUUGGCCAAAUCCAUUACAGUACUACUUGGUUCCGGACAUGGAUGAUGAGGAAGGGGAAGGAGAAGAAGAUGAUGAUGAUGAUGAAGAGGAAGAAGGAUUGGAAGAUAUUGAUGAAGAAGGGGAUGAGGAUGAAGGUGAAGAAGAUGCAGAUGAUGAUGAGGGGGAGGAAGGAGAGGAAGAUGAAGGAGAAGAUGACUAAUGGAACACUGAUGGAUUCCAACCUUCCUUUUUUAAUUUUCUCCAGUCCCUGGGAGCAAGUUGCAGUCUUUUUUUUUUUUU